AUGUCUGAGGUUCGAAAAUUCACAAAGAGGCUAAGCAAACCCGGGACAGCCGCAGAAGUUCGGCAGAGUGUAUCGGAGGCUGUGAGGAGCACCGUGGACGUUGUGGAACAACCAAAGAUCAUUGAACCACUCGACUAUGAGGCUGUGAUUUUUCAAAGAAAGGCUCAGAUCCACAGCGAUCCACACAGAGACCUGCUGCUCUGUCCUGUUGAUGAUGUAUCAGGGUCUCAGAUUUCCAGACAGAGGCGGACAAUUGUUCCUUCAGUACCUCAGAAUGCAGUAAGGGAGGCCAGGAGUCUCUUCGCCAAAGAGUGCAUCAAGAUGUACAACACCGACUGGCAUGUUAUCAACUACAAAUAUGAGGCUUAUUCUGGUGACUUCCGCAUGUUGCCAAACAAAGGCCUCAAGACAGACAAACUUCCAGCUCACGUUUUUGAGAUUGAUGAAGAUUCCAAAGAUGAGGAUACAUCGUCACUGUGCUCCCAGAAGGGUGGUAUCAUGAAGCAGGGCUGGCUUCAGAAAGCCAACAUCAACAGCAGUUUGUCUGUUUCCAUGAGGGUUUUCAAAAGAAGGUACUUCUACCUGUCUCAGCUCCCUGAUGGUUCUUACAUACUCAACUCGUACAAGGAUGAGAAGAACUGCAAGGAAACAAAGGGCUCCAUCUAUCUCGACUCCUGUAUAGAUGUUGUUCAGAGUCCUAAAAUGCGACGCAAUGGUUUUGAGCUCAAGAUGCAAGACCGCUACAGCCAUUUUUUGGCUGCAGACAGUGAGGCAGAAAUGGAAGACUGGGUGGCCACACUCAAACAAGCUCUGCAGAGCAGCACAGAACUCAGCCAGGACAAGAAGAAUGGAGCAGAGUCUCUGGACUUUGCUGCAGAUGAUGACACUUCUAGCCAAGGUAAAGGUGAGAGCUUGCAGGAGAGUCAGGGGCGGAACUUACACAGUGAACUCUUGAAGUAUAUGAGGGAAACGGACCAGCUCAAUAAGAUCAAUAGAAAUGAGGGCAGACAAAAACUUUUUUCCCUGGACCCUGAAACACAGAAGCUGGACUUCUCUGGCAUUGAGCCAGACGUGAAACCUUUUGAGGAGCGUUUUGGCCGACGCAUCAUGGUCAGCUGCCAUGACCUCACUUUCAAUCUGCAGGGCUGUGUUAACGAGAAGGCUGAUGGCAUCCUCACCAACAUGGAACCAUUUUUCAUCAGCCUUGCAUUGUUUGACAUUUCCAAGAGCUGCAAAAUCUCGGCUGACUUCCAUGUUGACAUGAACCCACCAUGUGUUCGGGAGAUGCUGAAAGACACUUCGCCCCAAAUCACUCCUUCAUCUGAAUUGGAUGAUGAAGGUGGACCUGGAGUGAGUCAGGCAAUGAGAAGUGGAGGGGUGAUAGUGAAUGGAGACUCAAGCAAAAGCAAUGGCCUACCUGUUCUAGAGAGGGUGUCAGAGAAUCUGCUGCGCUUCCCCACACAGGCUAUCUUUUCAGUGACCAACCCCCAUGCAGAUAUCUUCCUAGUAGCCCGUGUGGAGAAGGUAUUGCAGAAUGGCAUCACACACUGUGCUGAGCCUUACAUCAAGGCUUCUGAUGUCAACAAGACAGCCCAAAAGGUGCUUAAAGCUGCCAAACAGACAUGUCAACGCCUCGGCCAGUACAGGAUGCCAUUUGCUUGGGCAGCUAAGCAGGUGUUCAAAGAUGCUCUGGGCAGCCUGGACAUGGAUGGAAAAUUUUCUCCUCUCUAUCGUCAGGACAGCAACAAAAUCUCCACAGAUGACCUUAUCAAGAUGCUGGCCGACAUCAGGAAACCCGAGAAGAGCAAACCUCAGACUAUCCCUGGACAGCUGAAUGUCACCAUUGAAUGUGUGCCACCUGAUUUGUCAAAUACAGUGACAUCAUCUUAUAUUCCUGUCAAGCCGUUUGAAGAGGGAUGCGAGCGGGUGUCAGUAGAGAUCGAGGAGUUCCUCCCAGAUGAAGCCAAGUACAACUACCCCUUCACUACCUACAAGAACCAACUCUACAUCUAUCCUUUGCAGCUCAAAUAUGAAUGCCAGAAAACCUUCACUAAGGCUAGAAAUAUUGCUGUCUACAUACAAUUCAGAGAUUCAGAUGAGGAAGGAGCAGCCCUCUUGAAGUGCAUCUAUGGCAAGCCAGGGGACUCACUCUUUACCAGCAGCACCUAUGCGGCCGUCCUGCACCACAACCAGAGUCCAGAGUUUUAUGAUGAGGUUAAGAUUGAGCUGCCGGUCCACCUGCACGAAAAACACCACAUCCUCUUCACAUUUUACCACAUCAGCUGUGACUCAAGCGCCAAGGCCAGCAGCAAGAAGAGAGAUGGAGUGGAGUCCCUAGUGGGCUAUUCAUGGAUGCCUUUACUGAAAGAUGGAAGGAUACAGUCAUCAGAAGUCCAGUUACCUGUAGCUGCUACACUGCCCACUGGAUAUCUUUGUCAGAACAGCAAAAAGUCCCAACCAGAUAUUAAGUGGGUGGAAAAUGCAAAGACACUGUUCAAAGUGAGAAGUCGUGUAGCAUCAACCAUAUAUCCUCAGGAUUUCCAUCUGCAUACCUUCUUCCAGCACUGCCAACAGAUGAGGGCAACAUCAGAGGACAACCCCGCUGAACUCAUUAAAUACCUAAAGUGCCUACAUGCAGUAGAGACUCAUGUAGUCAUCACUUUCUUACCAACAGUGCUAAUACAGCUGUUUGAGGUGCUUACCACAGCCACCAAAGAAGCCCAUGAGAUUGCUGUCAACUCUCUCCGAGUGAUCAUACAUAUAGUCUCUAGAUGUCAUGAAGAAGGACUGGAAGCCUACCUGCGCUCUUUUGUUAAGUUUGUCUUUGUGACAAAUACAUGUACGUCAGGAAACUCUGCAACAACUCACGAGGUGCUGGCCAUGGCAGUGACUGCCAUCCUUAAACAAACUGCUGAUUUCAACACCAGCAAUAAACUGCUUAAGUACUCCUGGUUCUUCUUUGAAACCACGGCAAAAUCCAUGGCCCAGUAUCUGCAAGAGUUCAACCGUAUAAAGAUGCCGCGGACCCAGCGCUUCCCUGACAGCUUUCACCAAGCACUUCAAUCUCUGGUAUUGUCCAUUAUGCCACACAUCACCAUUCGCCACAUGGAAAUUCCAGAAGAGGCCCGGUGCAUCAACCUAAGUCUGGCAAAUUUCAUGAAGAGGUGCCUGACCUUCAUGAACAGGGGCUUCGCAUUUGGACUUGUCAACCAUUAUAUGUGUCAUUUUAGCCUCAAAGAUCCAAAGGUGCUGACUGAAAUGAAAUUGGAGUUCUUGAUGACAGUGUGUUGCCACGAACACUUCAUCCCUCUUAACCUGCCCAUGGCCUUUGGGCGCACAAAGCUGCAGAGGGUACAAGAUUUUAUUCCAUAUGCGAUGGAGCUAUUUGGCCCUGUAGAGCAGAGUCUGGAGUUCAACUUGACAGAGGAAUAUUGCCGUAACCACUUUCUGGUGGGUCUGCUGCUUAGAGAGAUGGCAGUUGCUUUGCAGCAAGCGCCUGAAGUCCGACAGUUAGCUGUGAGCAUCCUCAAGAACCUCCUGAUUAAACAUGCCAUGGAUGACCGCUACACAGCAUUCAAGAACCAGCAAGCAAGAAUUUGUAUGUUGUACCUGCCGCUUUAUGAGCUGCUCUACCAGAACCUCGAGCAGCUGUCUGCUCCACCUCAGACUACAAUCUAUGGACUUGGCCUCAGUGGCUCCAGAGAUGACUUGAUGUCAGCCAGCUCGAUCGACAACCGGAGAAUCAGUACCACGAUUGACAAAGACCAUGGUCUGUCAGCUCAGAAUUGCCAUGCUGUGAGGAGAGAGGACUCCAGAAGCUCUUUGUUUAUGGACCCCGGAACACAAGACAGCAUUGAGUUCCAUCGGCGUGCCUCCACCAUAAGCAGCAGUACCAGGGCUCCUGCCAGUAAACUGGGACAGUAUGAGAUUAAAGGCCUCCUCUUCUCUUCCCUGCACAUAGUCAAGACUUUGUCAGAGGACACUCUGAUGGCAUACUGGAACAAAAUCAGCCCACAAGACAACAUGAACUUCCUCAGCUUGCUUCAGAUCUGUCUAGAUCAGUUCCGUUACAUGGGAAAGAGGAACAUUGGCAGGAACCAAGAGAUGUGCAUGUCAAAGCUCUUCUCAACAGAUAGGAAAUCUCAGACUAUGCCAGCCAUGCGCUGCAACCGUGCCAGUCUCAUGCAGUCUAAGAUACACCAAUUCAAUACCAUGGAAGCCUCUCUUAGUCUCAACAUAGGGACAGGUCCUUCAGAGGCAGAAAUCCACCAUCAGGCUAUGCUGGAAGGCAACAUCUCCACUGAAGUGUGCCUCAGUGUGUUAGAUGUUGUGUCGCUUUUCACUCAGUGUUUUAAGACCCAGCUGCUGGACAGCGAAGGUCACAACCCCCUCAUGAAAAAGGUGUUUGAUGUUUACCUGACUUUCCUCAAAGUUGGCCAAUCAGAAGCUGCUUUCAAACAAGUCUUUGCAGCACUCCGGGCUUUCAUCAAUAAGUUCCCAUUGGUGCUCUUUAAGGGUCGCGUAACGCUAUGUGAAGCUCUCUGCUGCGAGGUGCUCAAGUGCUGUGUCUCGAAACUGGGGUCCCUGAGGGCAGAGGCAUCUGCACUGCUUUACUUGCUGAUGAGAAACAAUUACGAGCACACCAAGAGGAAGACCUUCCUACGUACACACUUGCAGAUCAUCAUUGCUGUGAGUCACCUGAUCUCUGAUGUGGCGCUGACAGGCAGUUCUCGUUUCCAGGAGUCACUCUCUAUCAUCAACAACUUUGCAAACAGUGACAAGGCCAUGAAGUCCACACCAUUCCCUUCAGAAGUGAAGGGUCUGACCAAGCGCAUACGUACAGUGCUGAUGGCCACAGCCCAGAUGAGAGAGCAUGAAAAAGACCCUGAAAUGCUGCUGGAUCUUCAGUACAGCCUGGCCCGGUCUUAUGCCAGCACUCCAGAGCUCAGGCGGACCUGGUUGGACAGCAUGGCGAGAGCACACCUAAAAAAUGGGGAUUUCUCUGAGGCUGCCAUGUGUUAUGUUCAUGUGGCUGCACUGGUUGCAGAAUACCUGCACAGAAAGAAAUUGUUCCCCAGUGGCCUCACUGCUUUUAAAAAAAUCACAUUUAACAUUGAUGAAGAAGCUGCCAUGAAGGAAGAUAGUGGAAUGCAAGAUGUCUACUACACUGAGGAAGUUCUGGUUGAACACCUUGAAGUCUGUGUUGAAGCCUUGUGGAAAGCAGAACGCUAUGAACUCAUCACACACAUCGCCAGGCUUAUCAUUCCUAUUUAUGAGAAGCGUCAUGAGUAUGAGAAACUGAGCCGACUGUACGAAACUCUCCACAGAGCCUACAGCAAAAUCAAAGAGGUGGUUCACUCGGGCCGCAGGCUGCUUGGAACAUACUUCAGAGUGGCUUUUUAUGGACAGGUCUUCUUUGAGGAAGAGGAUGGGAUGGAGUAUAUUUACAAAGAGCCCAAACUCACUGGUCUGUCUGAAAUCUCCCAGCGGCUGCUGACACUCUACGGGGAAAAGUUCAGCCCAGAGAACGUCAGGAUCAUUCAGGACUCAAGCAAAGUGAACUCCAAAGAGCUGGACUCCAGGUUUGCCUACAUUCAAGUGACAUUUGUCAAGCCAUACUUCGAAGAGAAAGAAGCCCCAGAGAAGAAGACAGAUUUUGAGAAGUGUCACAACAUUAAUCGCUUUGUGUUUGAGACACCAUACACGUUAUUGGGGAAAAAACAUGGCGGGGUGGAGGAGCAGUGCAAGAGGAGGACGGUCCUCAUAACUGCCAACACUUUUCCAUAUGUGAAAAAGCGUGUGGAAGUGGUGGGGGAGAAACAGGUGGAGCUAAAGCCAGUGGAUGUUGCUAUAGAUGAGAUGAAGGCUCGAACAGGAGAGCUGAUCAAGCUCUGUUCCAACCAGGAGGUGGACAUGAUCCAACUGCAGCUCAAAUUGCAGGGCUGUGUCUCUGUGCAGGUGAAUGCAGGUCCCAUGGCAUAUGCUCGAGCAUUCCUGGAUGAGAGUAAAUCCAACCAGUCUGGCGUAAAAAAAGUGAAAGAACUUAAGGAUAUUUUCAGGCGGUUUGUUGAAGCAUGCAGCAUGGCUCUGGACAUAAAUGAACGUUUGAUAAAAGAGGACCAGUUUGAGUAUCACGAAGGCCUGAAAUCAAACUUUAAAGAAAUGGUAAAGGAGCUAUCAGAUAUCAUCCAUGAACAGAUCUAUCAGGAGGACAUGAUGCGCUCACUGUUACAGAACUCCCUCCAUGUGUUUCGGGCCAUCAGUGGGACAUCCACUGAUAUGAGCUGA